AAGAAAGCUCCCAAUCUUGCUCUCAAUAUCGACGGUAAUAUAAGGGCCGCUUCUCAACAUUUUCUCCAACCAUCGGAUACAACAAUGCAUCCUCCUCUCUCUCGAUUACUCCUAAAAUGGCAUCUCUGGAACGUGAAGGACUAGAGCGGACUAAAUCAGAAGAGGACAUACUGGAAAGAUUGUCCCACGUGGUGGAAAUAUCAGAUGAAGACCGUAUAUUUCCACCAGAAACUCAUUUCCUACCUCUAACCGGUGUUGAUUUUGGACUUUCAUCGCCUCAGCACAAGGCAGUAAAGCCUCUAGCUCCGCCUAAGCUGGAAAUACCCCCAACUUACUUUCCGUCCGAGACAUCUAUUGAUUCAGCAAAGUUGUUCGCUCCUUCUACUCAGCCUUUAUCUGCCCGAGUGUCAAAAUGCCUGUCACCCAAGCAACUUGACUCAGAGCAAGAAGCCAUGACAAAUUUCCCAGAAGAAUCAUACGAUAAUUCUGCACACGAUGUGUUUACCGAACAGCGGCCUGCUACACCACUGGGUGUAUUGAACCCACCGUUUCCAUAUCCCGGUGAAGAUCAUGGAUUGCCGGAUCCAUUAUUCAAACCCGGUGUAUACCUUGGAACAUUAAGACAAUCAAACCAGAAGCUUGGCGAUAGGAACGUUGUAUAUGCAACUAUCAGUAAAAGUGCGGUAUCCCACGGCUGGACCUCUCCCGUUGUACUAACCGCCCACAAAGUCAAUAAGUAUGGAGCGCACUGUAAACUUAACCGACAACCCAGAGUCAAGUUUGAGGAAAUUAAUUUUCGUGAUGAUCUCAAAGACAAAUGUCAGACAUACGAAGCAAUGAGGGAACUUGUUGAGCGCAGGAUCAGUGGAUGGUACGAGACAUAUGAGGUUCGCUAUGCGAGGAUAUCAUAAUCAGAACACAAGAGCAAUAUUCGAAUUCCUAUUGGGGGCCGGGCCAUGCCACUGCCAUACAUGAUGUUGCAUCUAUCAAUCGAUUUCAACAACAAACUGGGCUUGUGGAUGUCGCUUUUGAUGGAGGGUCUCCGACACUACAGAAUGUUGCAAUUUAAAUUCUCAAUAUGUAACUGGCACCCCACGCAUCAAAAUCAGUUCAUCCUAAUCUCAGUGACAGAUGUGGGAGAUCCAUUCUGGCCUUUUUGGUGGAUAUUGAGCAAAUCUUGCAGCGGUGAUUGCUUAGGGAGGGAAAAUCUCAUGCCAGAGAUACCGGAACAUAACUGAAGGGCCCUUCCUUCUAGGGCAGUCCAGGUAUUGAACCGUACCGUGCGAAAAUGGGAGAAUAAAUUAUACACCUUCCUGAGAGGGUAAGAUUUUAUGUUGUCA